UGAGCGAAAUGAAACUUAUUCUGAUAAGUGCUACGCAUAAAAUGGAUCGUCGUGCAGCAUUCGAGCGUCGAUUGUUCGUAUAUGUCGUUCAUUUUGUUCGGAGUCAGGUGUCAAUUUAUAGCAUUUUCAUUUUCCUAGAGAGGAUUCAAUUAUUAGUUCUUUCGUGAUUCGUGUUGCGAUUUCGUAGUCAGUCAUUCAUUCAUCAUGCCAACCUUACCAGGUUAUCAUUAUUUGGGCCCUGGUAAUAAUCCGCAUAAUGGAAUACCGGUCAACAACGCUGACGCGAUUGCACUCAUUCAUGACCGCGCUUAUGACCGAGCUCGUUCUCCAUCAGAUAUAAGAUACGCGGAUCUUUCCGCUAUUUCUCUGUUUGCUUACGAUUUUCUCCAUAAUCCGACGUUCGGCGCAGCCCUCGGUGCUGCUUUCUUAUAUAUUAAAUACACCGUUGAAUCAGUAACUGGUAUUUGGUAUCCGUCCUUGUCAGAUCGUCGUCCUACAACUGGAAAGAGCGAUCGCUGUGGCACAUCUUUCUCUGAACAAGGACAAGAGCAGAAUGCAUUUUGUGGAGAUAACAUCGGCGGACUUCCAGUUUCUUCAUUCGAAGAAUCUCCCUCUAGUGACCAACGAGCAAAAACUUCGGAUUCCUUCCACAAUUCCGGUAAUUAAUUAUGCUUAACUGGACUGCCUUGCAUAGCUGAUGUUGGACUAAAUCCUUCCAUAAAACGACGAAUUCUAGAAGUUUUCCUCAGGAAGUCCUUUCCCGAACACGAUAAUAUAAACAUCAGCCGAAAGCAUGCAUAGGUACUUAAUAUUACUAAAAACCAUUAUAAUUAACACAACUCUCUGUUCUCUGUUUUGCUACCGAAGUUCUUAUAAAUUAAGAAAAUAAACUCAAUCGAUGGUUCUCAA